CUAUUUUUUCGAGAAGUUUCUCGAUGGUUUUUUCGUUAAAAAAGAUAAACUGAAGCAAGUCAUCGAAUUCAAUUUAAUAAUCACAUCGAAUUUGUAUUCGAAGGUAAUAGUAAAACGACUUAAAUAUGGCUCUUUGGGGACAAGGUGAUCCAAGAUGGAUUGUUGAAGAAAGACCCGACUCGACAAACGUGAACAACUGGCACUGGACUGAAAGAGAUGCAACAAGCUGGUCAAAAAUAAAGCUUAAAAAUCUUUUUUCUGGUUUAGCUGCGGAAACUGAUGAAGGAAGUUGGAAAGUGGACAGUACUAAAUCUAUUGAGGGAGAAGCAACUAUAAAUAAUCGGAAAGGAAAGCUAAUAUAUUUUUAUGAAUGGGUUAUCAAGCUUGAAUACAAAGGUAAAGUUUCUGGAAGUGACACUAAUCACACUGGUACUAUUGAAAUUCCACAUUUAAGUGAUGAAAAUGAUCCCAGUGAAGUUGAUGUGAAUGUAAGUGCAACUGGAGACUCAAAAAACAGCGAAAAAUUAAAACAAAUAGUACGGACUACUGGCAUCGAUUUAGUUAGAAAAUUGUGUUCUCAAUAUGUUUCUGAUAUGAAAACAGAAUAUUCUACUGGAAUGGUGCUCCCUACUAAAGAUGGUGUAUCAUCUCAUGUUCCUUCCGAAAAACCAGCUAUCAAGGUUAGUGAAUGUAUGAAGGGAUUAAAUGUAAAAGAAUCACUGACAAAGAACGUUUCACACCAUGUUGCUUUAAAUCUUCAAGAAGAAUUUCAGACAACAGCUGAGGAAUUGUAUAUAACAUUGACAGAUUCUCAGCGAAUAUCGACAUUUACAAGAUCUCCAUGUACUUCCAACCCAGUAACUGGUGGAGAAUUUUCGAUUAUGGGUGGAAAUAUCACUGGAACUUAUGAAACACUGGUUCCUCAUACAAAAAUAGUCCAGAAAUGGCGAUUUAAAGAGUGGCCUCAAGGUUUAAACUCGAAUGUUGUAAUUGAACUCGAACAAAAAUCUGACUCAACCUUACUCAAACUUAAACAAACAGGGGUUCCUGAUUACGAUAUAGUUCGCACAGAAGAAGGUUGGAAAAGACAUUUUUGGGGACCUAUAAAACAGGUUUUUGGAUUUGGUGCCCAACUGUUUUAAAUGCAUUAACUUCAAAAUGUGGUUAAUGAAAUGUUACGUUGUGAAUAUAAAAAAAUAUACUCCAAUAGCAGCAGUAAUGUCAGCGUAUUAACUUUGUUCACGAAUCGUGUAAUAUCGAAUUUUCUAAUUGUUAAAUUUGUUACAUAAUGUCAAAUAAAAAAUGUAAUAUCAA